AUGGCGUCAAGUAGCGGGUCCACAACGCCCACCGCCGCGCGACCCGUCGCGUCGACUUCGACUUCCGCAUACGAAAUGGCUGAAGCAGGGGCAUCAACGACCGUCACGGCGUCCGUAUCCCGCCCCGUAAGGGAGGAUGAUUACCAUACCGACGAGGACGAGACGGGGCAUGAUCACGAUGGCACAGGUGCACUACCCUUGCUCGAUAAUGACGACGACGACGACGACGAUGAUAUCGGUCGUCCAAGCCAAGAUGACGAGGGACAACCAAGAGGGAAAGGAAAGGGACCUACACGAUUACGAAGACCUUCCUCAACUCUCAUGUUCGACUUUUCCUCCGCGCACUUGUUAUCCUUGGCGACGAGCGACGAAUCGACCAAGAGGAGGAACGGCACCGUUUCGGAACCCAUCACCGUCAUGGCUGGCGUUGCGCUCAUCGUGGGGAUGCAGAUUGGUUCUGGAAUUUUCUCGUCACCCGGUGUCGUGGCCAAGGAAACGGGAGCUGUAGGAAGCGCGUUGUUGUUGUGGACAUUCGCGGGGUUGCUAUCGUGGGCUGGGGCAUUGAGUUUUGCCGAGCUCGGGACGGCACUGCCGAUCAAUGGUGGUGCACAGGCGGUCAGUUCAGCUGGAGCGAUCCAAGGAACCUUAGAGAUGGUUCACUCACAUGGCAAAACUCUCUUUUGCUUCGGGUACAGUACCUCGACGCCGCCUUCGGACCUCUACCCGCGUACUGCUUCUCCUUCACGGCCGUUACCGCGCUCAAACCAGGGUCGCAAGCUAUCAUCAGCAUCAUCUUUGGCGAAUACAUGUGUCGCAUCAUAUGGCACACCGCCUUCUCAAAGAACCCUUCAGUAGCUGCUCGGUCAGUUCGUGAUGGGUCUCAACGUGGAUCGUCGGUGCGCAAAACCUGAACUUUUGCUUGGGAUCACAUCGUCAGAGGGGUGCCGACGAUAGCAAUCAAGUUAGUCGGUAUCCUCGCUCUCUUCCUCCUGUCGUGUAUGCAAGCAUGGAGUACAAGAGCGGGGACAAGGGCCCAAUUGGUAUUGACGGUGUUCAAGGUCCGUUGAAACCAGAUGGCCCUCAUCGAGCUUACACGGAUUACGCGCUGACGCGCGGGAUAUUCUCAGGUUUUUGCCCUCGUGCUCGUCUUUAUUGGAGGUCUCGUCGUCUUGGGUUUAGGGAGAGCCGCUUCUUCGUUCUCUUUCGAGGGCUCGUCGGACAAACCGGCUGGCUAUGCCCUCGCACUCUUCAGUGCACUUUGGGUAUGUUCCCGCUGAGGACGGACCGAUAGUGGGAUUCGUGAAUUGACGCUUCGCGACUGCAGACUUUUGAUGGGUGGGAUCAGUGCAACUACGUCGCCAAGGAUUGCGCCCCGGGAACACUUCCGUGAGCAAUCUUGGUCCACAUACAGAGUAAAUUUGUUGCAAAACCAAACCCUUUCGUGGCCGUUUGUUCGCAGUCUCAUCAUCAACAUCAGUCUGGCGCUCGUUGAACUCCUCUUCGUCCUCGCCAACAUUUCCUACUUCCUCGUUCUGCCUUUCACCACCGCGGUCUCCUCCUCCACCAUCGGCCUCGACUUUGGACGAGGUCUCGCUGGCCCUAUCGGGGGCGUGCUCUUUGCCCUGAUCGUUUCCAUCUCCUGUAUCGGCGCGUUGAACGGCUCGUUGUACACUUCAAGUCGAUUGAUCGUCUCUGCGGGCGAACAAGGUUUCAUCCCCAAGCUGUUUGCGAGAUAUAACGAGCGCAGGGAAACGCCACUCAAUGGGAUCAUGCUCUCGUCGUUCCUCUCGAUCAUUUUCAUCAUCUUUGGUGAUUUCGCUCAGUAAGCACAAAACCCGUUCCUCCUCAAUACCACGUCGCCCUUUCAUCAACCUGACCAUCCCCCCCUCCCUCUUACCCCUCUAGCCUUACCUUGUUUUACGGCGUUUGCGCGUGGUUCUUCAACUUCUGGGUCGUCGUCGGACUUCUCGUCCUGCGCGUUCAAGAACCGACUUUGAAACGACCUUAUCGAACGUGGCUCUCGACACCGAUCCUAUUCGCUUCCACGAGUUUGUUCCUGAUCGUGUUGUCGUGCUUCUCCAAACCUUGGGAAUCGCUAGCUGCGUUUAGUGAGUACAGGAUGAAUUGGAUCGUGAUUUUGUGGGGGAGGAGGAAGGACUGAAGAAUGGGGUGUUCUUCGUACGGUUGGUGCGCAGUGUUUUGUUUCGCAGGCACGGUCCCUUAUUGCAUUCAAACGCGAAGGACCAAAACCGCUGAGCGGGGUACACCGAUCGUAGGGUUGGAGAUGCGAUGA